AUGAAUUCAGGUGGGGGGGAUGCAAAGCUCUUCGCUAGAGGAAAAGUUGCAGAGCUACGUACGGAGCUGAAUAGUGGACCUAAGAAAGAUAAAAACUACACGGCUAAAAAAAUCGCACUAAAGAAGGUCGUUGCGAAUAUGACCAUGAGCAAUAAUGAUAUGGUGGCUCUCUUUCCCGAUAUUGUUGCUUGUAUGGAACUGCCCAGUCUAGAAAUUAAAAAAAUGUGUUUUUUAUUUCUAGUUAAUUACGCCCGCAUAAAACCUGAUAUUGCUCUAAAAGCACUUCCUAUAAUCCAAGGGGACAUGAACGAUUCAAAUCCCCUGGUUAGAGCAUUAGCCUUAAGGACAAUAUCAUACAUUCACGUACGUGAGUUUGUUGAGGCGACUGUACCACCCACAAAAAAGCUUUUGCGAGAUUCUGAUCCAUAUGUUCGAAAAACUGCUGCUUUUUGCGUCGCAAAGCUUUACGACCACGAUAGAGACCUCGUCGAAAACUCAGAUUUGAUCGAUAGACUUAACACAAUGCUGAGAGAUGAUAAUCCAACAGUAGUUGCAAGUGCUCUAGCAAGCCUAAUGGAUAUUUGGGAAAGGAGUGAUGCAAUCAAACUUACGAUCGAUUACGGAAAUGCUUCAAAAAUGGUACAAAUUCUUCCGGAUUGCUCAGAAUGGGGGCAAACUUAUAUCCUCGAGGCAUUAAUGUCAUAUGUACCGCAAGAAUCUUCCGAAGCUAUGUUACUCGCAGAGCGUAUCUCGCCAAGACUAUCACACACCAAUUCAGCUGUAGUGCUCACAUGCAUAAGGGUCAUUCUAUAUCUGAUGAACUAUAUUGCUGAUGAAAAUCAAACCUCAAGUUUAUGUCGAAAACUUUCUCCACCUUUGGUGACAUUGUUAGCAAAAGGGCCAGAAGUUCAGUACUUGGCCCUACGUAAUGCUCUUCUCAUCCUUCAAAGACGCCCGGAAGUGCUCCGAAAUGAUAUUCGGGUCUUCUUUUGCAAGUAUAACGACCCUAUAUAUGUUAAGGUUACAAAGCUUGAAUUAAUCUUUAUGUUGGCUAAUGAGUCUAACAUUGAAGAAGUAUUGACAGAGUUACGUGAAUAUUCCACCGAGAUUGAUGUACACUUUGUUCGAAAAUCUGUCCGAGCAAUUGGAAAGCUUGCCAUAAAAAUCGAGCCAGCUGCAAAGCGAUGUAUCAAUACACUUCUUGAACUCGUGGCUACAAAAGUCACCUACAUUGUUCAAGAAGCAACUGUGGUCAUUCGGAAUAUUUUCCGAAAGUAUCCCAAUCAAUAUGAAUCAAUUAUUUCCACCCUUUGCGAAAAUCUAGACUCUCUUGACGAACCAGAAGCGAAAGCGGCCAUGAUAUGGGUCAUAGGUCAAUACGCAUCACGGAUAGAAAACUCAGAUCUAUUAUUAGAGGAUUUCCUGUAUUCGUUUGCCGAUGAGCCCGUUGAAGUUCAACUUUCACUCUUAACAGCUACAGUUAAGCUUUUUAUUCAGAGACCUACUAAAGGCCAAGAACUCGUCCCUAAAGUCCUUAAAUGGGCCACAGAAGAUACUGAUAAUCCUGAUUUGAGAGAUAGGGGAUAUAUGUAUUGGAGGCUCUUAUCAUCAGAUGUAGCUAUUGCAAAAUCUAUCGUUAUGGGUGAAAAGCCGCCUAUAACUGCAGAAUCAGAAAAAUUAGACCCAGUGACAUUGGAAGAAAUGUGCCUCAGUGUUGGUACACUUGCAACAGUCUAUCUCAAGCCAGUUCAACAGGUGUUUCGAUCUGCACGACCCCGAAAGCUGACAGAUAGUCCCGCUCUUCAAAGAAAAGCUUUAUCUAGUGUAAACAACCUUGUCAUAGACGAUAAACCCACUGCUCAGGUGUCAAGAGACGGAAACUUAGUGGCAGCUGUAAGCGCCGCAGAUGAAUUCUUUGCGGGCGUGGGUAGUCAUCACAUGGCAGCAAUGGAUAUUAAUCGUGGACACGACGAUGGCUUCGGAGGUAGUCCGUCUGCGGGGAAAGGAGAAAUGCAAUAUGUAGUGAGCCAAAAUGCACCUGAACAGAUAUACACACAAAAUGUGGGCAGUGGAUCUAAUGGAGACCUCUUGAUGCUAUGA